CAGUGUGACUGAGACUAUUGAAUCACAUUCAAUUGAGUGAGACAUUCAGUGAGGUGCCAUUGACGCGUUCGACUGCAUCUUCCUCGCGAUUCUCCCACAAAUUGAGCACAGUGAUUACCCAAUAGUGUCCCAAAAUUUAAAGAAAAAGUCUCUUCCCAACCCAAAUUUUUACCUUAGAAAUUUACUUUUUUGAUAACAAAUUUAACGUUACGUGAUAAAAUGAAAAUCGCCAUGAGAGGCUUCAUUUUGGCUGUGAUCUGUCUAUUUGGAACUGUAGAUAGUUUAAAAAUCCUCUUUAUGGCCCCAUUUCCUGUACCAAGUCACUGGUUUUGGCUCAAUUCGGUUGUGGAAGGACUCUUGGACAGAGGUCAUGAGGUCACAGCCAUAACGAAUUUUCCGGCCAAGAAGCCGCACUCAAACUACACAGAAAUAAUCCUGGAUCCUCCAUAUGACCUUCUGAAAUACUCUCCUGAAAACUUGAUCUAUGAACUGAAAUACCGCAGUGACUUCAGCAAUUUAUUUCUUAUUUGGAAUGUUGGACUACUUACGACCAGAUAUGCACUUGAACAUCCCGAAGUUCAGCAUUUGAUAAGAAGUGACAAAGAGCAUUUUGACCUAGUAAUAUCGGAACAAUUUGGCCAAGAGGCCUUCCUCAUGUUUGCUCGGAAGUACAAUGCUCCCAUUGUUACAAUUAGCACCUAUGACUUCACAGACUAUCUGGACUUAAGUACUGGAUUUCGGGCUCCCUUUUCCUUUGUUCCACACAUCCUUUUGCCCUACACAGACGACAUGACCUUCACCCAGAGGUCCUACAACCUUUUUAUCAGCCUCUUCGAUCGCAUUGUUCGGGGACUUUUCUAUAUUCCCGCGCAAAAUGCUCUACUGCAGAAGAAUUUCAAGUCUCUGGAGCAUGAACUGGGACCUCUACCUUCUGUUCAGGAUCUCGAGAAAUCAAUAGCAGUGACACUCUUCAACAGCCAUUCAGCAACAUCUCCACCUCGGCCAGAAAUGCCUGGAUUCGUGAAAAUAGGAGGUAUUCACAUUAAAGAUGUGAAACCACUUCCUGCUAAAAUCAAAGAAUUUCUCGAUGGAGCUGAUCAUGGAGUAAUCCUCUUCAGCCUUGGUUCUCAUGUCCAAAGCUCCCAUUUGGCAUCAGAGAAAGUUCAAGCCUUCGUGAGGGUCUUUAGGAAGAUGAAACAGAGGAUUCUGUGGAAGUACGAGGCAGAUGAUCUUAAGGAUAUUCCUUCAAAUGUUUUGUUGCAGAAGUGGAUACCUCAGGUGGAUGUUCUUGCUCAUGAAAACGUGGUCCUGUUUAUCAAUCAUGGCGGAAUUUUUGGCACUCAGGAAAGUAUCUAUCAUGGCGUCCCUAUGCUUACGAUACCCUUCUAUGGAGAUCAGUUCCGGAAUGCCUAUCGCUCUCAGACUCGUGGACAUGCUUUAGUUCUCGAGUACGAUGCCAUAACUGAGGAGAAUAUUUCGGAGAAGCUUCAGUCAAUCUUGACCGACGAACGAUUUAUGGAAACAGCAAAGAAAGUAUCAAGAUUAUUUAGGGAUAACCUGGAGAGUCCCUUAAACACUGCCAUGUAUUGGAUUGAGUACGUGGCGAGAAAUGAAGGAGCUGAACAUCUGAAAUCCUCAGCGAGGAAUCUCAAUUGGUUUCAGUAUUUGAUGUUAGAUGUUGUUGGACUAGUUUUUCUGGUAUACAUGAUUUUUGCCACGAUUAUGUAUUUCGUAGUGGAUCGUUAUUGUGGGAAAAAGAAGUCUUCUGGAAAAGACAGAAAAUUGUCCGGGAAGAAAAAGACAAAUUGAUAAUUUGUAACUUGCCAAAGAGUCAUUGGAUAUUUUUUUUAUCCCAUAAAUUCAUUAAUAAACUGGUAUUUUUUAAAA